GGAUAAGGCAUGCCCCAUGUACCCGGUCGGGGGCUUCAUAAUCUCCGGGGACCCUACUCCCACAGCGAUGGUUUCGGGCUGUGGUGAGUCGAAUGCUACUGCAACUCAGGCUAGUCAGGUGAUCACACCGGGCCAGACUAGUCUGCAUGCUACUGGUGUCGCAAGAGGUCAAUCUGGCAUACCCAGAUUGGCUGAUUGUAAAAAAUCCAAGGCAAUAGGUGGUAGUGACCUAAGCGGCGAGGUACCUCUGGACUUCUCUCCAAGUACCUCCAAAGCCGCGAAAGCCCAAGUCGUCAAGGCGGCUAAACCCCCUGUUUCGGGUGCCUCUAAGGGGGAAGCGACUAAGUCGCCCCUCACGGAUGCUUCCCAUAUGCCAACUGUGCGCUCAGGUCUUGUGAAGGAAUCCUCCUGUCCUGAAGACGCAUCACCCCUGGCCAAUCCCGGCUCUGAAACUAAGCCCAGGCAUAAAAACCCUGCUAGAAGGGCUGCUACCACCAGGCGUUCCGCUUACCGCUUUGGACCUCACUAAGGAGCAACAAGCUUCGCUUUCCUGGGCGAAAGCCUAUAUUGCUGGUCUCAAGACCGCUCCUCCUUCUGCUGAAUUACCAGCGGGGCCUAAACGGCAACGUUCAGAGGAGGAUACAGCGACCAAGAGCCAGCAACCGGGACCUAAACGUCCCAAAGCGGCACAAAGGUCGUUAGCUAAAUCCUUUAGCGAGAUUGUCAAAGACAGUCUUGUUAGGGCGGUUAUCGACCGGAGUGCGAAUGACGGAUCCAUAUCUCAAUUGAAUUGGGAUAUGGUGAAGCAAAAACUGGUAGGGGUGUUUUGGAAAGUUCUCAAAGAGAACCCAGGCACUCCUCCACAAUGCGAUGACGCUGGUUGGUACCAGGGUCACGUAAAACUUAUGUCUUGUGUAGAUGAACGCUCAGCGUUGCUACUAAAGACUGCCGUCGCAUCACUGGGUGAGGUUUGGCCGGGGUCUAGGCUUGAGGUGGUAUCUGUGAGUGAGAUACCCCGAAAGCCUAGAUCCAUAGCUAAAAUACCAGCUGAGCCAUCUAGCCCGGAGGAGAUCUUGGAGAUCCUUCAGUGCUGUAACCCACAGCUUCCAACUCAAGACUGGAAAGUUGUUAAGGUUACGGACGCUGAGGGCUCUUCAAGGAAAGCGAUCGUUGUCCUGAAUAAGGACUCUUUGGGGCCGCUAAGGAAGGCACAAGGGAAGGUCUACUAUGGAUUUGGUACGAUCAUCCUGCGUGUCUACCGUAGCGACAACAAAGGCGAUACAUCCUCAGGUGAUGUAAAGCCCAUGCUCUCGGAAGAGGGCAUGGAUUGCAAUGACGCCACUGAUCCAGCCGACACUGAAGAUACCAACUCAGUCUCCGAACUAGUUGGUACAUUCUUUGAACGGAUGGAUGAGGUGGUGGACGAGGACGCCCUCCUGAAUUCUGACCAGGAGGACGCCGACGUCACUAUUGUAAAAAUGGAGCAUGGUGAGGGUGACCCAGAUAAACCUUCACCACUCUAAAGCAGCAUCAGCUGCACUGCUCCUCCGAAUUGCUCAGAACGGGGAGGAGCUAGUCAUGGUCCAGGAACCUUGGGUCCAUCAGGACCGUAUCUGUGGACUAUGUUUGAAGGGCUAUAAGCUCUACUUCGCUAAAGGCGCAGUAAUGAAGAUACAGUAGCAGUCUCAUGGGAAACUAAUGAAGGCUGUUUGUUAUGGCUGAUAUCCAGCUACAUGGCGCAUGACCACGGGGAGCAUCCACCAAACGAUGAUAUCCGUAGUGCUGUGAAAAAGGCGAAUGAGUCCAGGAUACCAUUGGUUAUCUGUGCUGACGCUAACUCGCACCACAUUGUAUGGGGUAGCAGCGACACCAACACAAGAGGUGAGAGUCUUUUCAGUUUCAUACUUAAUAGUAGUUUGGAAGUAGUUAAUAGAGGUUCAGAACCUACCUUCAUUGUUUCAAACAGAAGUGAGGUACUAGACUUAACACUUGUGAGUGCUGAGCACCACAGUAUGAUUAACAAUUGGGCUGUCUCCGACGACUGCUCUUUUUCUGAUCAUCUAUAUAUUGAUUUCAAUAUCAGUGUAACUUAUAGGAAUGAUAAUACCAUUCUAAAUAGGAGGAAGACCAAUUGGGAGUUGCAGAGUGAUGUACUCUCCCGGUCUCUACCAAACCCGCCCACUAUUGAAAAUAGGGACGAUAUUGAGGUAGCAGUUGAGGCACUUACAGAAGCGUUCCAAUCAGCUACUAAUUUGGCCUGUAAGCCGAAUAUCUGCAGGGGUAGGAAUAAGCCACCCUGGU